AUGCCGCGCACCGCUUCCCUCAACCGCGACACCAACGAGACCAAGAUCCAAGUCUCCAUCAACCUCGACGGAGGCGAACUCGAAGCCUACCAACAAUCCGACUUCUGGGAUGCUCUUGACAAGAAGAACCUCAACGGAGAAGGCGAGAAGGUCGACAAAGACCACGCCACACAGAAGUCCAACAGCCAAGAGAUCAACGUCGACACUGGCAUCGGCUUCCUCGACCACAUGCUCCACGCCCUCGCAAAGCACGCCGGCUGGAGUCUGCAGAUAAGAUGCAAGGGCGACCUCCACAUCGACGACCAUCACACCAGUGAAGAUGCGUGCUUAGCACUCGGCACCGCGUUCAAGAACGCAUUGCAAGGAUCAACAGGUCUAGCACGAUUCGGACACGCAUACGCACCUCUCGACGAGGCGCUUUCACGAGCCGUCAUCGAUCUGUCAAACCGGCCAUACAGCGUUAUCGAGUUGGGUCUGAAGAGGGAGAAGAUUGGCGACUUGAGCUGCGAGAUGAUUCCGCAUUGCAUGCAGAGCUUUGCGCAAGCGAGUGGCACAACGCUACAUGUUGAUUGCAUAAGGGGAGAGAAUGAUCACCAUCGGGCGGAGAGUGCGUUCAAGGCACUUGCGAUCGCCAUCAGACAUGCAACAACGGUGGUCAAGCAGUGGGAGGGCGAGGUUAGGAGUACGAAGGGUGUGCUUUACUAA